AUGUCGUUAUGCAAGUUUUCAAGGAUUCUGUCACCCCUAGCCCCAUCAGAGGUUUUGGUUUUGAAGGGGAACAAUUUUGCUUUGAGAAACCAUCCAGGCAACAUAAUAAGACCUGAAAUGUUGACAUUGUUGGAAUCAGAUGAUAUUCUCAAGGCAGUUGAUGACUUCUAUUACUCUACAAUGUUACCUCAGCUGUCUAGAUUUUUAAACCCUUCAAAGUCCCCUUGGAGUGAGUGGGUAGAAAUACUGGAUGCAAACACAAGCAUUCCAGAUUCUCAAUUAGAAGAAGUAAGGGUUGCUUGGAAAUUGUGGAAGGCACUGCAUGAUAGCAGAACUAAGUUUCCAUCAGUAUUGGCUCAAGAGUCUGGUGUCUUGUGAUGAUCAAAUUGUUAGGAG